AUGGCAGACGGACUCAACCAAGCCCGCGCAGUGCGAGUGGCCGAACUCAUCAACGACUACCGAACUCUUCUGCUGCAUAUCUCUCAACAGAACGUCGAAGUACACCCAGACGACCAAUACGAGGAAGGAUACACUGUGCUCCGCGAAUGCCAUACCGCUGCCCAGCGCUUAGUGGCCGCGAAUUACCACCCAUGUCCGGUUACUGGCCAAGGCAAUGCGGAGACAGAGAGGGUAGAAUUGCAAAGAGUUAUCAUCGAUAGCUGCGCUCGCCGGUUCCAAGCACACAAGAUUUACCUCCGAGCCGCCGCCGCUCGACGAUGGGCCAUGGCUCGCGCAACUACCCUCCGCGGUGCACGCCCAACAUCAGCACAUGCCGCCGCCCUAAAAGCCGGCCACGUCUCACUACAGCAGGACUUAGCGCGCAUCACCGAUCAACACGUCAUCGCUGAUCUCCGUGCCGCGGACGUACGGGCAGGUCACUGGCUUGAUGAUGAUCCUUCUCUGGAUACCAUCCGCCGCUGGAUCGGGCGGUAG